AUCCAGUAAGUCUGAAUAACUAAACAUGUCUGACAUUAACGAAACUGAAGCCUACCACGAAAACAACUCUGGUGGUAAGACUGCCUUCAAGGACUACUUGGGUAAGUUUGCCCACAUUGAAGAUCCAUUGGAAAGAAGAAGAUUGGCCUUGGAAGAAAUUGAUAAGGCCGGUUUUGGAUGGACUCAAGUCAAGAUGAUCAUGAUUGCCGGUGUCGGUUUCAUGACCGAUUCCUACGAUAUCUUCGCCAUCAACUUGGGUCUUACCAUGUUGGGUUACGUCUACUGGAAGGGUACCAUCCCAGCCUCUACCCAAACCUUGUUGAAGGUUUCUACCUCUGUCGGUACCGUUAUCGGUCAAGUCGGUUUCGGUACUGUUGCUGAUAUGGUCGGUCGUAAGGCUAUUUACGGUUUGGAAUUGAUUGUCAUUAUCGCUGCCACUAUUUUGCAAUGUACUGUUGGUCAAUCUCCUGCCAUUGAAUUCGUCGGUAUCUUUGCUACCUUGAGAAUCCUCAUGGGUAUCGGUAUCGGUGGUGACUACCCAUUGUCUUCUAUUAUCUCUGCCGAAUUCGCUACCACCAAGUGGAGAGGUGCUAUUAUGGCUGCCGUUUUCUCCAACCAGGGUUUGGGUCAAUUGUUUGCCGGUAUCGUUGCCAUGAUUACCAUCGCUGCCUACAAGAGCGAUUUGGAAUACGCUACCUCUGCUGCUCUCUGUGACCACAGAUGUAUCAAGGCUUGUGACCAGAUGUGGAGAAUUCUUAUCGGUUUCGGUUGUGUUCCAGGUUGUAUUGCCUUGUACUACAGAUUGACCAUUGCCGAAUCUCCAAGAUACUCCCUUGAUGUCAACGAACACGACGAUCUCGAAAAGGUUGCCGACGCCGAAGCUCAAAUCGACGAACACGCUGCUGAAAUCGCUGCUCCAAAGGCUUCUUUCCGCGACUUCAUUGCCCACUUCUCUCAAUGGAAAUACGGUAAGAUCUUGUUGGGUACUGCCGGUUCUUGGUUCAUGUUGGAUGUUGCUUACUACGGUUUGUCUUUGAACACUGCCAUCAUCUUGCAAACCAUUGGUUACGCUUCUUCUGCCAACGUCUACCAAAAGUUGUACGACUCUGCUGCCGGUAACUUGAUUUUGAUCUGUGCCGGUGCCUUGCCAGGUUACUGGUUGUCUGUUGCUACCAUCGAUACCGUUGGUAGAAAGCCAAUCCAAGUUGGUGGUUUCUUGCUUUUGACCAUCAUCUUGUGUAUCAUUGGUUUCGCUUACCACAAGUUGUCUGAAGGUGGUUUGUUGGCUUUGUACAUUCUUGCUCAAUUGUUCCAGAACUUCGGACCAAACACCACUACUUUCAUCAUUCCAGGUGAAAUUUUCCCAACUAGAUACAGAUCCACUGCUCAUGGUAUCUCUGCUGCCUCUGGUAAGGUUGGUGCCAUCAUCGCACAAACCUGUCUUGGUACCUUGAUUAACCACGGUUGUGCUAAGGACAAGCCAAACUGUUGGUUAAACCACGUCAUGCAAAUCUUCGCCUUGUUCAUGUUCAUUGGUAUCUUCCUUUCCUUGUUGCUCCCAGAAACUAAGAGAAAGACCUUGGAAGAAAUCACUGAAAAGUACCACGGUGAAAUUGAUGCCACCAAGUUGGGCAAGGACAGAUACAUUCCUACUGCCCAAGAAGAAUCCUACGAUUCCGACUUGAAGCAAUAGGUUAUGUAUACAUCAUCUACAUCAUCUCCAAUAUAAAAAAUGCAAUGCUAGGCUUUUACCAGAUUUUUUAAUACUCCACUACCACUCAUUUUUCUUCAUUUCAAGAUACAUCACCGGAUCUGAAUUCGGUUUUACAUACUAAUUGGUUUAUAAAGCGUUCUUUUAUAUAUUAAUUCACGAGGCUACACUGUUU